UUCUUUCUUAUUUUGGCCUAGAAUUAAAAUAGCCUGACGGUAUUUCUUUCAAAGAUUGCAGUUACAGAAGAUAGACAUCCAGGAGAUUCUACCUUCUGCCAUGGCUCAGUUUGGAGGACAGAAAAAUCCCCCCUGGGCUACUCAGUUUACAGCCACUGCGGUGUCUCAGCCAGCUGCCCUGGGUGUGCAGCAGCCCUCGCUGCUGGGAGCCUCCCCGACCAUCUACACGCAGCAGACGGCGCUGGCAGCCGCGGGGCUGACCACCCAGACCCCCACCAACUACCAGCUGACACAGAGCGCCGCGCUCCAGCAGCAGGCGGCAGCCGCGGCCGCGGCCCUGCAGCAGCAAUAUUCACAACCUCAGCAGACUCUCUAUAGUGUACAGCAACAGUUGCAGCAACCUCAGCAGACCCUUUUAACUCAGCCAGCCGUUGCUCUCCCGACCAGCCUGAGCCUGUCCACGCCGCAGCCGGCAGCACAGAUCACUGUCUCCUACCCGGCCCCCCGCUCCAGCCAGCAGCAAACACAGCCACAAAAGCAGCGUGUCUUCACUGGAGUGGUCACCAAGCUACAUGAUACCUUUGGCUUCGUGGAUGAAGAUGUCUUCUUUCAGCUUAGUGCUGUCAAAGGAAAGACACCUCAGGUGGGCGACAGAGUUUUGGUAGAAGCUACUUACAACCCGAACAUGCCAUUCAAAUGGAACGCCCAAAGGAUCCAGACACUGCCAAACCAGAACCAGAGCCAGGCGCAGCCGCUGCUGAAGACGCCGCCGGCCGUCCUGCAGCCCAUCGCCCAGCAGACCUUCGGGGUCCAGGCACAGCCACAGCCACAGUCCCUGCUGCAGGCACAGAUCUCAGCAGCCUCCAUCACACCUCUGCUCCAGACACAGCCUCAGCCACUGCUGCAGCAGCCACAGCAGAAAGGUGGUUUGUUGCAGCCCCCAGUCCGUCUGGUUUCACAGCCACAGCCAGCUCGAAGACUAGACCCUCCAUCCCGAUUUUCUGGGAGGAAUGACCGAGGUGGAGACCCUAUGCCAAACCGAAAAGAUGACAGGAGUCGUGAAAGAGAACGAGAGAGACGAAGGUCGCGGGAGAGAUCCCCGCAGAGGAAACGCUCCCGAGAGCGCUCGCCCCGGCGGGAGCGGGAGCGGUCACCGCGCAGGCCCCGGCGCGUCGUGCCCCGUUACACGGUCCAGUUCUCCAAGUUCUCACUCGACUGCCGUAGCUGUGACAUGAUGGAGCUGAGGAGGCGUUACCAGAACUUGUACAUCCCGAGCGAUUUCUUUGAUGCUCAGUUUACAUGGGUGGAUGCUUUUCCUAUGUCUAGACCAUUUCAGCUGGGAAAUUACUGUAAUUUCUAUGUAAUGCAUAGAGAAGUAGAUCCUAUAGAUAAGAACGCUGCUGUCCUUGAUCCACCUGAUGCUGAUCAUCUCUACAGUGCUAAGGUGAUGUUGAUGGCCAGUCCUAGCAUGGAAGAUCUGUACCACAAGUCAUGUGCUCUGGCUGAGGAUCCCCAGGAACUUCGUGAUGGAUUUCAGCAUCCUGCUAGACUUGUAAAGUUUUUAGUGGGUAUGAAAGGCAAAGAUGAAGCUAUGGCUAUUGGAGGACACUGGUCCCCAUCACUGGAUGGACCUGAUCCAGAAAAGGACCCCUCGGUGCUGAUAAAGACGGCAAUUCGUUGUUGCAAGGCUCUUACAGGGAUUGACUUAAGUGUGUGCACGCAAUGGUACCGUUUUGCAGAGAUUCGCUACCAUCGCCCUGAGGAGACCCACAAGGGGCGUACAGUUCCAGCUCAUGUGGAGACAGUGGUUUUAUUUUUCCCGGAUGUUUGGCAUUGCCUUCCCACCCGCUCAGAGUGGGAAACCCUCUCCCGAGGAUACAAGCAGCAGCUGGUCGAGAAGCUUCAGGGUGAACGCAAGGAGGCUGAUGGAGAACAGGAUGAAGAGGAAAAAGAUGAUGGGGAAGCUAAAGAGAUCUCUACACCUACACACUGGUCUAAACUGGAUCCAAAAACAAUGAAGGUAAAUGACCUUCGCAAAGAAUUAGAAAGUCGAACCCUUAGCUCUAAGGGACUGAAAUCUCAGCUGAUAGCUCGACUGACAAAGCAGCUGAAAGUAGAAGAACAAAAAGAAGAGCAAAAGGAGCUAGAGAAGUCUGAGAAAGAAGAGGAAGAGGAGGAGGAUAGGAAAUCUGAAGAUGAUAAAGAGGAAGAGGAGAGGAAACGGCAGGAGGAGCUGGAGCGGCAGCGGCGGGAGCGACGUUACAUCCUGCCGGACGAGCCGGCCAUCAUCGUGCACCCAAACUGGGCAGCCAAGAGUGGCAAGUUUGACUGCAGCAUUAUGUCCCUCAGCGUGCUUCUGGAUUACAGACUGGAAGAUAAUAAAGAACAUUCCUUUGAGGUGUCAUUGUUUGCAGAACUCUUCAAUGAAAUGCUUCAGAGAGAUUUUGGUGUCAGAAUUUACAAAGCACUGAUUUCUCUCCCAGAGAGAGAGGACAAAAAGGACAAAAAAAGCAAAAAAGAUGAGAGAAAAGAAAAAAAAGAAGAAAAAGAUGAUGAAACGGAUGAUCCAAAACCUAAGAGAAGAAAAUCUGGAGAUGAUAAAGAUAAAAAAGAAGAGAAAGAUGAAAAAAAGAGGGAAGAUAAAAGGAAAGAUGAUCCUAAAGAUGAAGAAGAAACGGAAGAGGACAAUAAUCAAGAAGAAUACGAUCCAAUGGAGGCAGAAGAUGCAGAAGAUGAAGAUGAAGACCGGGAUGAAGAGGAAAUGAACAAACGGGAGGACAAAAGAGAGGGAAAUAAGCAUUGUAAAGAGAGGGCGUCUAAAGAUAAAGAGAAAGACAAGACCCAGAUGGUAACUGUUAACAGGGAUCUUCUGAUGGCUUUUGUUUAUUUUGAUCAAAGUCAUUGUGGAUACCUUCUGGAGAAGGACAUGGAGGAGAUCCUGUACACUCUUGGACUACACCUGUCACGUGCUCAGGUCAAGAAGCUGCUUAAUAAAGUAGUGCUUCGAGAAUCUUGCUUUUACAGAAGACUAACAGAUACUUCUAAAGAUGAAGAAAACCAAGAAGAGUCUGAAGAGCUACAGGAGGAUAUGUUAGGGAACCGGCUGCUGCUGCCAUCACCAGCUGUCAAGCAGGAAUCCAGGGCCGUGGAGGAGAACGUGGGGCUCAUUGUGUACAACGGAGCCAUGGUGGAUGUGGGCAGCCUUCUGCAGAAACUGGAGAAGAGUGAAAGGGUGCGGGCAGAGAUAGAGCAAAAGCUGCAGCUACUAGAAGAAAAAACAGAUGAGGAUGAAAAAACUAUACUACAACUGGAGAAUUCUAACAAAAGUCUAUCUGCGGAGCUCAAAGAAGUCAAAAAGGACCUUGGCCAACUGCAAGAAAAUCUGAAGACUUCAGAUGAUAAAAAGUUGCAAUUUGAGGGUCAGCUGAAUAAGACAAUCAAAAAUUUAGCUACUGUUAUGGAUGAAAUACAGAGUGUUCUCAAACAGGACAUUGUGAAGAACGAAGAUAAAGAUCAGAAAUCCAAAGAAAAUGGAGCAAACGUAUGAUAAACUGCUGCUGUUUAGAAGAAUGGUGUUACAUAAUGUAAUAUAAAUCAUGAUACCAGAAUGUAUGGGAAGUGAUGCAUGUUUGAUUUUAGUAGUAUAAAUAUCUUAGUUCCAAAAGAUGUAUAAAGUUUUAUGAACGUGAGUGUCUGCUCCAGAAGAUUGCUUGUAAUUCUUAGCAUUCAAUUUGAGACACUCCUCGAGUGAAAAUAAUUUUGCAUUGCGAAAAGUUUUAGGAUGAACUUUGUUAUAGUUUUAACCCUAAUAAAGUUCAUCAACGUAAUGAACAGUAGCAAGUAUUUAAUUACCAAAUGUUUUUCAUUGAAGUCUAGUGAAAUCAAAAUUUUCAUUAUUUAUAGACUUGCCAUUUUUAGGUUUUUGUCUUUAUUUUGGUCUAAUUAGUCUUUUUAAAUUCAAAUAUAAAUCACAAAAUAGCAUGCUGCUUAAUUUUACAAGUAAAGUUUUUUUUUAAAAAAAAAGCUUCUUGGAUUUUUGUUUUGUUUUGUUUUCACUUGUCACAACUUUUUUUCCCUUUCAAAUAUAACUUUCUUCCCCAAAGCUGCUUGUAUUAAAGCCUUGUAAUAUACAGUAGUUCGGAUGAGUUAAGAAAGCAAUAGAAACCUACCAAAAUACUGGUAGGGUUGUGAGAUUUAUAUGAAAAUACAUGGGCCUGUUUUAAAUGUGUGUCAUUUGUGUUCAUUAAAUUGUUCUUACCUUUGGAUUAAUAUAUAUAUACUCCUUUUGAAUAACAAAUGCAGUAUAUGAAGAUGUAUGCUUGGAUGCCAGGAUGUCAGAAUAAUGCCUUACAUUGAGAAAAAGCUGAGAAAAAGCUGCCAGUGUGAACUGCCUUGGGUUAUAUUUGGACUGACAAAGUGUGUGACUACUGCUAAGGCUUCAGUCCAACAAAAAAAAUGGAUCCACAAGUAUCUAUACUGCAUAUUGUAAAUUACAAAGGAGCAGGACACAAUUUGGUUUGUUGAGAAUGGGUCAGAUGGCCUUUCUUUGUGUUCACAAAUCACUAGAGAUUGAAACUCAAGAGUUAAUGUGAUUUCCUUGUCGAAGGCAACUCACUCAAAGAAUGUGAAAUAGCAACAAUUGUAUUUUGAUGCAACUUCCAGGAAAAUUAAGGGGGUUGAAAGUUGGGACAGAAGUGUUUUCUUACAGAAAUGGUUAAUUUUAACAGAUGUUUUCUUUUUUAGCCUAGAUGUCCUAGGUAACUAAAUACCUGUUAGGAAAGUCCAAGUGCCAUAAUAUGUAUGAAUAACCUACAUGGAAAUUCAUGUAGUUUAAUGAGAUACACAUUAAAAUGCCUGAAUUUAUGUUCAAAA